AUGGAUAAUUUGUAUAAUUAUGAUUAUCAAUUUCGUUUAAUUGUUGUGGGAGAUUCAACUGUUGGAAAAUCAUCACUAUUACGAACAUUUUGUGAUGGAAUUUUUUCUCAAGAUCCAGAUCCAACAGUUGGUGUAGAUUUUCAUGUAAGAGUGAUUGAAAUAAAACCAGGUGUUAAAGUUAAAUUACAAUUAUGGGAUACAGCUGGACAAGAACGAUUUAGAAGUAUUACACGUGCUUAUUAUCGUAAUUCAGUUGGUGUUCUUCUUAUAUAUGAUACAACAAAUUAUGUUAGUUUUACACAUGUAACUAGUUGGUUAAAUGAUGCUCGUCAACAAAUUGAACCAUAUCAAUGUGUUUUUCUUCUUGUUGGCACAAAAAUUGAUCGAGAAUCUGAACGACAAGUGACAACAGAAGAAGGCAAAGCUUUUGCUGAUUUUCAUAAUAUUCCAUUUAUUGAAACAUCGUCAAAAUCUUCUCUCUAUGUUCAAGAAGCAUUUGCACUUAUUGCUCGUGAAAUUUAUGAUUUAUUAAUUGAAGGACGUAUUCAUGUUCAAAAAGGAUGGGAUGGAGUAAAAGUUGGUCCUAAUGUAACAAGUUCAAAUCAGAAUCAAUCAAUUGAUAUUACACAGAAUAAUCAACCUCAUCGAAGUGGAUGUUGCGGAGGCUAA